CUUGACCGGAAGUUGUGUUGUAGUGUAUCAAGCUGGAAGAUCCAACAUCAAAGGGAGAAGCAGAAUUGUCUCCAUGGAGGGGACAACUUGUCUUUUUCUUCUCCUGUCAGGUCUGUUUUUCCUUCCCGUCUGUUUCCCUCGUCGCUACAUCCUCAUUAGAGAGGCAUUAACCUGGACUGAAGCUCAGAGAUACUGCAGAGAGAAGUUCACAGACCUGGCCUCUGUGAGCAGCGAGCAGGAGUCAGAGCAGCUGCGGGAGGCUACAGAGGAACAUGAUGAGGAUCAUCUGUGGAUCGGACUGUACGAUGACAUCGACAGCUGGAGGUGGUCCCUGGAGGAGGAGGGAUACUACGGAGAAGGAGAGGCCGAGUUCAGGAAGUGGCAUAGCAAAGCCUACAAUAACAUCCAUGGUACACAGACCUGUGUCCUGAUUUCUCAAGAUGGGACAUGGAAUGAUUUAAUUUGCUCCGCAAGUUACCAGUUUGUCUGCUACAGUGACUCCUCCUCCAGCUUCAUCUUAGUGACUGAGCCAAAGACCUGGACGGAGGCUCAGAGAUACUGCCGAGAGCACUACACUGACCUGGCCAGUGUGAGGAACCAAUCAGAGAACGACCAGAUCAAGGGACUCAUGGGGGUGGUCUGA